AUGGGCGGCAUAGGUGGCAACCUCUACCUCAGCAUGUUGAAUGGGACUGAAACGCAAACUUUCGGAAAGAACCCCGACAUCAGCAGUCACCUCCACCGCGGCGGCAAGGAUCUAGCCGAGUUCAAAAUGGGGAUUCAGGACGCGAGGUUUUACUACCCGGACUCUGUGCAGAGCGGGCAGGACGCCCUGGCGCUGCCGUACCACACGGAGCAGGCGGUGGGAGGCUACGGAGCGCAGCCCGGCAGGUUUUACGCACAGACCCUGAGCAGCUGCCCGUAUGGCGGCGUGCGGUCUCCGCCGAGGAGCGGGGCCGGGCAGGGUUACAUCCCCACCGCUGGAGACGGCUUCCCUGCAGGGGGUAAAGACUUGUACUCUGCUUCUCCGGAGAGUUACCCGGCCAGCUUCCGGCACGGCUACCAGUGGCCGUCUCUCAACUCUAUACCUGGGCUACAGGUGUGCGGGAAGACUCAGGCUCUGCUCAAUAACUUCCCGCUGUGGGCCAAGUUCCACAAGUUCCAAACCGAGAUGAUCAUCACCAAACAGGGGAGGAGGAUGUUUCCUUUCCUGAGCUUUAACAUCAGCGUUCUGGAUCCAUCCGCUCACUAUAACGUCUAUGUGGACGUGGUUCUGGCAGAUCAGCACCACUGGAGGUACCAGGGCGGCAAGUGGGUUCAGUGUGGGAAAGCAGAGGGCAACAUGCCAGGGAACAGGAUGUACAUGCACCCCGACUCUCCCAACACCGGAGCUCACUGGAUGAGACAAGAAGUGUCUUUCAGUAAACUCAAGCUCACCAACAACAAGGGCAGCACCAAUAAUGUUGCACAGAUGAUCGUCCUGCAGUCGCUCCAUAAAUACCAGCCUCGUCUUCACAUCGUGGAGGUGAAGGAGGACGGCUCCGAGGACCCCUUUCACUCAUCCAAAGCUCAGACCUUCAUCUUCCCGGAGACUCAGUUCAUCGCUGUCACCGCUUAUCAGAACGCAGAUAUAACUCAGCUGAAAAUAGACCAUAACCCCUUCGCUAAAGGUUUCCGCGACAAUUACGACACGCUGUACGCUCCUCCCGAGUCUGAUCGCCUCACCCCCUCCCCUACAGAGAGCCAGCAGCUGCUGCCAGGGAGCUGCUACCCCCAAGGCUACCUCACCGAGCAGUACAUAAACCCCUUACCCCAGACCCGCUUCUACAGCCGCGAGCCUAUCAGCAUGGGCCAGCAGCACAAAGACCCGUCCUCUAGCCCGGGCCCUCACAGCCGCUGGUACCUGCCGCCCCAGCAGGGCGUGGCCCCCAAUAGGCUUGACUUCACUUCCUCCUACGAGGGGGACUUCUCCGGAAAUGGUUUCUACAAGUCCUACCCCUUGCAGACAUCCGCUCACCAUGCCCUCAGCUACUACCCAGACCAUCCUUUUGCAUCUACCAGCGUGUCAGUAUCAGGAGCCACCUCAGCGGGCUGGACCACCAGCCGGCCCACCCCUCAGUACCUCAGCCACCCAAGCAAGCCUGGCCCCAGUCUGCGCUGGUUCAGCCCCAUAUCGUCCUCUUCUUCCUCCUCGUCUUCUUCCACGUCGCCGGGAAACCCCAGGCUGCACCCGCCCUCGCUCCUCGAGCCGCUGCAGCCGCCCCUGCUGCAGGACAAGCCCAAAGAAACUGUGGAGGUGGUGGGGGAGGACCCCUGGCUCGAACCCCCCUCUGUGAAAUCGGCAGCCUCGGCCGACUCGGGCCUGUUCGAGGGCGGCGUUGCGGACACCAAGAAGAGGAGGGUGUCGCCGUAUACGUCCAGCACUGAAAACUCCCCGCCCCCGCGCGGUGGAGAGGUCUUAGAGAAGGACAGCAACAGCGAUGCAGACUACUAUAGCUAUUACUCCCACUGAAGACCUCACACAGUCUCUCACGUCUUCCCACACCGCCCUCAUGGACACCUAUCGGUCUGUCCAGUCAGGUCACGA